CAAUACUAUAAUUAGUCGAGCUUCCAAACGUGCCUGCUUCUUUCCUUUUCCUGUUAACUUUGGACGGAACACGGUCUUCUGAUUCAGCGCUGAAUCGGAAAAUUCUCCCGAUUUAAACUCGAUCAGAAGAGAUUCACUUCCCUACUCCCCUCCAUCAUGUCUGGAUACAAGGAUGGUAAGGCCGCGGCCGAGGAUUCUCCUAUCCAUCGGAUCCGGAUCACUUUGACCUCCCGCAAUGUUAAGUCAUUGGAGAAGGUCUGUCACGAUCUAAUCCGUGGCGCCAAGGACAAGGACUUGAAGGUCAAGGGACCGGUGCGUAUGCCCACCAAGAUCUUGAGGAUCACCACCCGUAAGACCCCUUGCGGAGAAGGUUCCAAGACCUGGGAUCGAUUCCAGAUGCGAAUCCACAAGCGUGUGAUUGACUUGCAAUCGCCCUCCGAGAUCGUGAAGCAGAUCACGUCCAUCUCCAUUGAACCCGGGGUAGAGGUCGAGGUCACCAUCGCCGAUGCUUAAACUGGACAGGCGUCUUGGGCUGGAUGGUUUUAUAUUUCUUCAAAUAUGCCUGAAAUAUAAUUGAAGUGAUUCGAAAA